UCCAUUGAGAGAGAAACAAAAUGAUGAAUUUUGUGGCUAUAUGUCUUGUUGUUACUUCACUUGUAGCAGCAGGAGUUUUUUCUCCAAACCCAGAAAAAAAUAACCAGAAAGAACAAGUUAUUGUCAAAGAAGGGCAUAGAGUUGUUGUUGUAGAGUAUGAUGAGCAUGGCCAACCCAACACCAAAGUUUUCAUUUCACCAGAAAAUGAAUAUUACAUCAAGAAGCCCGGUUCGGGUUCAGCUUCAGAUGUUGAAGAGAAGAUAUCUUCUGCUGCUUCUGAUGCUUACAACAAUGCUAAGGGUAAGAUCAAAGAAGCUUCUUCAGAUCUUGGCCAAGAACUUUCAGGCUCAAAACCUUCUUUUGGUGAAGGUCACGGUCAUGGUCCUGCAGAGCUUUUGUGUGAUGCUUAUGGGAAUUGCAAGCACAAGAUUGCGAGUGCAAUUGGGAAAGCUAAGGACAAAGUAAAAGAAGCUGCAAUGCAUGAUAAAGAGAAGGCAAAUGAAGCCAAGGAGAAGGCAUCAGAAGUGGCGCAUGGGACGAUUGCUUUCGAGAAAGAGAAGGCAACUGAGGCGAAAGAUAAGGUGUCGGAGGCGGCUCAUGACGCCAUUGCUCAGAAUAAAGAGAUAGCUCAUGAGGCCAAAGCGGCUGUACAAGAUGCAUUUGGUAAAGCAAAAGAAGGGUUUUCAGAGAAGGCCCAUGGGGUAAAAGAGGCUGUACAGAAAACAUACGGUAAAGCCAAAGAGGGAAUGUCACAAACGGCUCAAGAUGUGAAGGAAGCCGCGGAAAAGCCGGUGGCAAAAGCUAAAGGCACUAUCAAAGAAACAAAAGAUUUGGGGAAUGCGAUCAGGGGUGAUAUCGGAAGGAACGUAUCAGAGCAAGUUGCUAGUGUUCGUGAUAGUGUAAAGGAGAAGGCAAAAGAAGCCAAAGAAGGCACUAAACAUGCAGCAGAAAGGGUAAAAACUGGUGCACACAACUUCUUUGAUAGAUUUGUUCAUCGUGAAACAUUUGGUGGUCUUAUGGGAGUGCUGAAUUUGCUUGGAUUUGCAAUAGCCUAUGGGAUGUGUGUUUGGGUUUCGUUUGUUUCAAGUUAUGUUUUGGCUGAGGCUUUGCCAAGGCAGCAAUUUGGGAUGGUGCAAAGCAAGAUAUAUCCAGUUUAUUUCAGGGGCAUGGCUUGUAGUAUUGUGUUGGCUUUGUUGGGACAUAUGCCACGGUUGUUUGCAGGAGGCAAGGUAGAGAUAUUUCAGGGAUUUAAUCUUUUGGCAUCCAUUUUGAUGGUUUUUGUCAAUUCAAUGUACAUGGAGCCUCGAGCCACUAAGGUGAUGUUUGAGAGGAUGAAAGCUGAGAAAGAAGAAGGACGAGGACGAGAGAGCAUAUUAACUGACACUAGCUGGGCAACUGAGCGUGAGCGCCCCAGGAUGACUGAUCCUACAGCCACAGCCACGACCACCACCACAGGGGAAGCUCCUACAGCAGUUACACAGAGUACAGGACAAGAGCAGGUGCGGUCAAAAAUCAGUAGAUUGAGCGAGAGGCUGAAGAAUUUAAAUACAUGCUCUUCCAUCCUCAACAUACUGACCCUGAUGUCUCUGAGUUGGCACCUAGUUUAUCUGGGUCAGGGCCUGCAAAAGAUUUGUUAGAUGCUCUAAAAUAUGCUGAUGUGAAUAUGGUUUUAUGAUGCUUGGAAAGUGAUAAAAGUUUUGGUAAAGUUGGUUUUUUCAGAAGCUAAAUUUAAUGUAUGCAGGUUGUUGUAGGUAGGAGGAUAGAUGGUUAUGUUGGAUAGCAUUUCGUGAGCGUUGUGUAUUGAUGAAAAAAGAUUGUUUUGCAAAUCACUGUAACAAACAAGAGAUUAGUAGCA